AUGUUGAAAUCCUGCCAAGAUGAAUUGGAAGAACUUAAAGUUCAAUUAGCGAAAAGAAGUGAGAUUGAUGAAUCUAUUGAGAAACAUGCUCACACUUUGGAAGAAUUGAAAAAAACUCAUGAAGAAGAAACUCAAAAGAUUCAAAAGGAAAAGGAUGUGGCCAUCUUAUCAAAAGAAGCUGAGAUAGAGGCUCUCAAAAAAGAAAUUAAAGAUUUAAAAGAGGCUCUUGCAAAGGCCAAAGAAGAAAAUGAUGAAAAAAUUUCAAACAUUCGUGAAGAGCAUGCUAAAUUAAUUGAUCAGGUUAAAGAUACGCAUGAAAAAGAAAUUGCUGAAUUGGCUGAGAAAGUCAAAAGUGGUGAAAAGGCUACUGAAGAACUUGUG